AUGUUCAGCUUGGUCAUGCAGUUCAGGCUGCCAGGAAACCACAUGACUGAAGACCCUGUGUAUAGAGUGGGCAAAACCUGUAGCUACACCCCCUGGACCUCCCGAGAGAUUCUGUGCGACCGCAACUACAUGGAGGUGUCUGUCAGAAGGACUCUUCCAGACAUCCAAACCGUCCCUGAACAGCCCACUGGAGGCCCGAAAGCAAGGAGCGGCAACUUCCGGAGAGGAGCUGAGGCUGUUGCUGCAGGAUACAAAAUGACAGCAGUCGUCUUUAGUCCUAGCAAGAAGGUCAUGAGUGUGGAUGAGGUCCAAAGAAAGGGCUAUGCAAUAGCCAACACUCCCACACGGCUGGUGUUAAGAAGCCCUCAUAAUGCAGAGGAGACAUACCUCCAGAAUGUAGCUGGGGUUCCGAUGCGGGUGCUCUCAACCUCAACCUUCUUUGAGCAGAAGUGGCUGGUUACUCGAGUAGAUGCCACGGCUGUUUGUCCAACACCAGGGGCAGUGGCCUUUACUCCAGAAGUGAUCACCUGGUACAUGCCCAAGCACAUAGACCCACUUUUCUCCUCUGAUGCCUUCACCAUGUUGGAGGUGUACAUGGGAAUUGACGCUAAGAGGCUGGACACUGAGGAAAUGGCUGCCAGAAACUACUCGGUUUUAGUCACAGAGGCUCAUAUUAUUGUUGAAAUUCCGGUGGGGGCGGUUGGCGGCUAUUUCAAGAGCCAUAUUCAGGAUGACCAGUACUUUGUCACUUACACCAUUGAGCCCAUGCUUGAGUUGCUGUGGAUCGAGGAGGUCGCACACGAGGACACACGCUACAAAGUCCUCUUCCCUAUCACAACACCUCCGAUGGCCAGGCCUCCACAAGUUCGCAACUACACGCCCUUAGACACAGUUCCUGAGCAGGCAGUGUUUGUGCUUGAGUUGGGGACCUUCAACCUUGAUGUGGAGCUGCUGAACAUCACCUUUCCCACCAUGGUGCUAACUGUUGCAGAGUGCAACGCCAGAGGCUUCAAUGUUCAGGAGCAGAGAUCCCUGGACAACACCUUGAAGAGCUUCAGGAUGGAGGUGCCCUUCUCAGACCCGGUGGUCUUUAAGGAGAGAAGGGCGGAACAAGGUGUCACAACCUUCACUCUUCAGCUGAUCUACGGCCUGGUCGUCUUUCCAGAGUACGCUCCUUUCGCUCACUCUGCCGUUGUGGACGCAGUACUGCUGGACAUUGUGCCACCCUCAGUCACUGGCAACUGUGAUCAGGAGAACUUUCACAUCACUGUGGACUACAGGAACCAAGAUCCCUUUUUCGUGGUCUUGGUUGGCAAGCGGCUGCUUAACCAUGAGCUUGCGCAACAGUAUUUGACAGAGGGCGACGCAGACUUCACCAUCACGGUGCCCUUCUCUUCGCCGGACGCAGUGUUUGAGUCGGUUCACCCGUCCUCUGUCAGGAGCAGACUGGAUGUGGCUCUGUUGAAUCCUUACAACAACAUGACCAUCAAAUACUUUUCCCUGGCUUGCAGCUUCCUCAAAACGCUGACUGAGUGUUUCUCUAACGGAACGAUGACUGCGCUGGCGGUCAAGGUGGAGUCUGCUCCCAGUCUGAACCCCGGUCAGCUGACCCUGAGCGACCCCGCCUGUGGUCCCACCUACAGCGACGAUCGCUUCGCCUACUUCCACUUCACUGUCAACUCCUGUGGCACCACCAGGAAGUUUAUCAACAAUGUCAUGCUGUAUGAGAACGAAAUCUCCUUGCCAGAUGAACUUGAGGUGAAGCUGAAUGGCACGACGUCUUCAGAGGAGGAAUAUCAGCUAAAGGUUUCCUGCUACUAUGUGGUCAGUUUUGCCGAGACUGGGACGGGUCGACAAAUGGUCAGAAUGAGACUCGCUCAGGACGCCUCGUAUAACACGUUCCACCAGGAGGAGGACUAUCCAGUGGUGAGGUACCUGAGACAGCCUCUGCACUUUGAGGUGGAGCUGACCAAGUCCUCUGACCCCAAGAUAGCGCUGGUGCUUGACCACUGCUGGGCCACCCCCAACGAGGACCGUGACUCCCGACCCCGGUGGAAUCUCAUCAUUAAUGGUUGUGAGAACCCGGAGGAUCCGUACCGUGUAGUCUUCCACCCGGUGGUAGCUGACGCCAGGGUCCACUUCCCCCCUCACGUCAAACGCUUUGAGGUCUAUAUGUUUUCCUUCGUCGAGGAUGCGGUUGAGCCGAGUGGCCAGGUCUUUGUCCAUUGUGAUGUGGUCAUCUAUGACACCAGUAGUCCCUCUGGCGGCCCCUGUAGUGGACAAUGUGUGAAUCAGGACAACCCGAAAAGAGGUCAACGACAUGUCAAAGACCUCUUUGAGGAGCGUCAUUUCUAUGUUUCUUCUGGAUACAUUCUUUGGGUGUAAUGUCUUGUUCUAACAUGUCAAAUAAAGUGUUCUAUAUAACAA